AUCAAUGAUUCCUUUAGUGCAGACUGUGUGGCCAAUAAAAUGCUGCUCACAGGGAAGAAUUUUAUCAUCUUCACCAGUAUUUCCUCUCAUCUCUAUAGAAAUAAUAUUGGCAGAAAAUUUUCAAGAAUUAUAACAUCAGCUAAAAGGGAAGAAAGUUAUGGGAAAACAGAUGACAAACCUUCUGCUUUUCCAAUAAAAGUUCCCAAAAAAGUUCUUGCUCAAUCUGUCGUAGCAAUUCUUGGAUUGGGAUUCGUUGAUGCCGGGUAUAGUGGAGACUGGUCUAGAAUUGGUGCAAUCUCAAGAGAAACUGAGGAUUUACUCAAGUUGGGAGCUUUUGUGGUAGUCCCAUUGUGUCUUUAUUUCAUACUUUCUUUCUCCAAAAAAGUUGAAAACUGAUAUUCAACAAGUUCAUAUAUUUUUAUACUCUUAGCUUUUGUAUUCAGCCUGUGUUUUGUACCUGGCAAUAAGCUAUUUUAGAGUGAUUAAACCAAAAAAAGUUACUACUUAUACUAGUACACAGUCUAAUUUUUUUUU